UACUUCACAGAGGCAGAUAUACUGAAGAAUGUUAAAAGGUUAUUUUUUAUUGUAUUUGCUUUUUCGUUUCUACUGUGAAUAUCUAUUGCUGGUUUCCCCCAACAUUCAUCAGAAUAUGAACCACAUGUAAAAUCUAAGGAAAGGAUAAUGACAUUUUAAUUUUUGGGUGCACUGUCCCUUUAAUUAGAGCUAAUGAUUGAUGUUAAUUUGUCCUUGUCAUCACUAGAUGGUGCUGUUGGCGCAUAAUGAAAUUAAAUAGGCAGAUAAACAGGACAGAAAUAAUCCCACCCUCAUCUGAGCGGCUUAUUUGUGGAUCUGAAAUGUAAAUACGCAGACUUGAAGCUCUAAAUAUAGUGAACGCACAAGCACAAACACUGUGUAAAUCUGGCUGGUGGCAGCGAUGCCCGCAGCAGGCUUGAGAAACACCGCCAGGGUCCAGGACUUUCAAUUAGUAAUGAGGGUAUUGAUCGGCUGGCGAGACCCUCAGUGUGAGGCCUGAGACUGUAAUAAAUGGAUCUAUUUCUGUCUCUUCUUCAGGCCCCUGAAGAUGCUCCACGGGCAGCCCCUGCUGUUGCUGAGGGGCCGCUGUCAAUCAAACACCUUUCCCAGCUGUUCCUGGGCGAGGGUGAGCUGUGUUUGCCUAUGGCGUAUCAUCAGAGCUCGCUGCCCUCUGGAGACCUGGAGGCUCUACUGCGCCUCUGUCUGCUCGAUUCUGCCUUUCCAGCAUUCGUAGAGGAGGUCGAGAAAAAGCUGAAGGAGAUCAUGCAGGAGUGAGGUAAAGUCACA